GCCAGAAAAACUACAGAAAACAUUGGUGUCUUCAUCCGAACAUGGCUGCCGAGACCCAGUAUUCUGUGGAUCCAAAAGUGCAGGACGUUUUCCUUACCGUCCUUUUCCUUGGCGAUGGCAGCAUUCUCAAUGUUGAAAAUUUUGAAUCCCACGGUCGAGUUUAUGUUGGUGGGGACUUGAUCAACUUGGAGAGAGAAGAGGGGAAUAAGGAACUGGCUGUGAUUCUGGGCGUAGGUGAUACAGAAUCUGAAGCUGAACAUGAGGCCAGAGUAUAUGUUAGGCGACUGUUGAAGUGGCAUGGACAGGGUGAUGGAGAUGGAGAGUUAAUAUUUUGCGGAUAUAACUUUGGGACAGAGUCAGCUUUUUAUGAAUGACGAAGAAAGCGAGUAACUUUUAAUCUAUUUUAAAACUAUUUCCAUGAUAAUUUUUCUCUCAUACUCUUGACUGUGAUGUGAAUGUCUCACAAAUAACUGUAUACCAAUGCACCAUUUUAAUAAUUUAUGUAGUCAUGGACUGAGCAAUUGAAAAUGAACUGGAAAUUAUUAUGUCUGAUUUAGGAUAUUAUGUGUGUAUCAAAUUGUAUGUGUGCUAGUCAAUGCUCUAUGGAGUGUAACAUUAAAUUAAACUAUGUUGUAAGCAGUCUUUCUCCUCAAU